AUAACAGAGCAGUACCCUUUGACAUCAACAGUAUGAACCUCGUUCUUUCAUCGUAUCAUCUUCACAACCUAACAUUUUCUUCACCAACAUGCAGAUGCAGAUCUUAACAACAACACGUGCUCAUUUUCUUCUCUCCUUCUUCCUCAAUUAUCUUCUUUUCUCAUCACCCUUCAUUCAAGGUUUCCAGCCACUGCCAGCACCAACCUCUGGUGGUGAUCAUUAUUUCGAGUCUCCUUUGUCGCCACCGGCGCUUCCGCCUGUGCCUGCCGACGGUGGUGGUUAUGGGUAUGCCCCCACGUCGCCCGCAGUGAUUGGGCAGUGGCACGAAGGGUCUCCAGGAGCUCCGGCGCCAAUCCCGGAAAAUGGGGUGGGGGGCGACAGAGAUGAAAGCACCGCCAGUGCUCCGGCAAUGGACAACGGCGGCGUGAGGUGGUGCGCAGUGAGGGACCAACUGGAGGAGUGUCAGUUCUUUGUCGGUGUCAUUGACCAAUUAACGGGCUACACGUGGAAAUGUGUCCAAAGAGAAAAGGCCCAAGAUUGCAUGGAGUCAAUUAAGAAAGGAGAAGCAGAUUUGGUGAACUUAGAAGCCGGGCUUGCUUAUAAUGCAUUCAUCAACCACUCAAUGAAAGCCAUAGCCAAUGAGAUGUACUAUGAUCAUUCCAAAACCUAUAAAGCAGUUGCAGUUGUAAACAGAAGGGCGUGUGAGAACAACGAAAAGAUCACUUUAAUGGACUUCAAAGGCCACAAGUCUUGCCAUGGAGGUUACUCCACAGCAGCAGGAUGGAACUACCCCAUCAACUACAUCAAAAAUUUAAUUAACAAUGAAGAACUGAGUGACAGAGAAAUUGCAACUAGUUUUUUCUCUAGUGUUUGUGCUCCAUCAGAGGUUGAAGGUUUUGAUAUAUGCAAUGCAUGCAGCAAAGAGAAUGAAACAUGCCCUGAAAAGGGUUUGUACUCUGGUCAUUCAGGAGCUUUUAGGUGCCUUGUAGAGGAAUUGGGAGACAUUGCUUUUGUCAAGGGUGACACUGUGUUGCUCUAUUCUAUGGAGGGGCCUCAUAGCCAAUUAUGGUCAAGCAAGUCUGUUAGAGACUUCAUGUAUCUUUGUCCUCAAGGGGGUUGCAGAGAAAUCAAUGGCUAUCCUGGAGAUUGUUCAUUUGGAGCUGUUCCUGCAAAUGUGAUAAUGGCACAUAACUCAAUGCCCAACAAAAAGAGAGAGCAUAUUUUAGAAACAUUAACGAAUAGUAGUUUGGUGGAUGCUCUUUAUGCCCCAAACAACGUUUCGAUUAUUCACCUAUUUAGUCCAAGUACUCAAGGACUAGCCAUGAUUGAAAAGGUCACAAGGCCAUAUCUGGGGAAAUCAGCUUCAAUCUCACAGAGCAUACUAAAAUUGAAUGCUCCAGAAACCAGAGUCGCCUCAUAUGAAGCAGAUAAUGGUUCAGAUGAAUCUUCUUCAUCUUCAUACAUUUGCUGUUCGCAAGUAAUGACUAUGCUCUCACUCCUGAUGUUACCGCUGAUACUUGGAAUCACUCCAAAAUAGAAGAAACUUGGUAUUAUUCAAUCAAGUUGCUGCAAGUACUAUUCUGUUUGAUGUGGGUAGUAUUGGCAAAAAAAAAACAAAAAUUAACAUGAUGAGCUACGGAAUAAUAAGAAAAUCAUGGUUUUGCAUUUAAUUCCUUUCCUGUAUUUGUAGGUUUCAAUAAUGAAAAGUAGUCUUGUUCACAGAA